AUGAAAAAUAAUUGUCUUACUCCACUAAAAUCUCUCUACCACUCCCUCUCUCUACUUUUCGCUUGCUUCUCUCUCUCUCUUUCUCUCUCUCUCUCUCUCUCUCUCCCCAUUCCUUGUUUCCUUCUUUCUCAUUUCCACUCACUUUUUCCACUUAAUUUUUCUUUCUUUCAUAUACACUGCGUGCCAAUAACAAAUAUGGCGCCAGUUUGUUUACAUUGCGCAGAUCACGUCUCUCGACUUAUUUUUCAUUUUUCCUUUCUCUUCGUCUCCAGCGUCUUUCUUCCCCUGACUCUUUAUUCCUCAUUCUCUCUCCCUUAUCUCUCAGCGUCUCUCAACUUAUUUUCCUUUCUCUUCGUCUCCAACGUCUUUCUUCCCCUCACUAUUUAUUCCUCAUCCUCUCUCCCUUAUCUCUCAGCCGACUUUCUUCCCCCUCACUCUUUAUUCCUCAUUCUCUCUCCCUUUUCUAUCGGCCUCUGUCGACUUGUUUUCCUUUUUCCUUUCUCUUCGUCUCCAACGUCUUCUCCCCCCUCACUCUUUAUUUCUCAUUCUCUCUCCCUUAUCUCUCAGCGUUUCUCGACUUAUUUUUCCUUUCUCUUCGUCUCCAGCGUCUUUCUUCCCCUCACUAUUUAUUCCUCAUUCUCUCCCUUAUCUCUCGGCCUCUGUCGACUUAUUUUUCCUUUUUCCUUUCUCUUCGUCUCCAACGUCUUUCUUCCCCUCAAUCUUUAUUCCUCAUGCUCUCUCCCUUAUCUCUUAGCGUCUCUCGACUUAUUUUUCAUUUUUCCUUUCUCUUCGUCUCCAGCGUCUUUCUUCCCCUCACUCUUUAUUCCUCAUUCUCUCUCCCUUAUCUCUCGGCCUCUGUCGACUUGUUUUUCCUUUUUCCUUUCUCUUCGUCUCCAGCGUCUUUCUCCCCCUCACUCUUUAUUCCUCAUCCUCUCUCCCUUAUCUCUCAGCGUCUCUCGACUUAUUUUUCAUUUUUCCUUUCUCUUCGUCUCCAGCGUCUUUCUUCCCCUCACUCUUUAUUCCUCAUUCUCUAUCCCUUAUCUCUCGGCCUCUGUCGACUUAUUUUUCCUUUUUCCUUUCUCUUCGUCUCCCCCGUCUUUCUUCCCCUCAAUCUUUAUUUCUCAUUCACUCUCCCUUAUCUCUCAGCGUUUCUCGACUUAUUUUUCAUUUUUCCUUUCUCUUCGUCUCCAGCGUCUUUCUUCCCCUCACUCUUUAUUCCUCAUUCUCUCUCCCUUUUCUAUCGGCCUCUGUCGACUUGUUUUUCCUUUUUCCUUUCUCUUCGUCUCCAACGUCUUUCUUCCCCUCACUCUUUAUUCCUCAUUCUCUCUCCCUUAUCUCUCAGCGUUUCUUGACUUAUUUUUCAUUUUUCCUUUCUCUUCGUCUCCAGCGUCUUUCUUCCCCUCACUCUUUAUUUCUCAUUCUCUCUCCCUUAUCUCUCAGCGUCUCUCAACUUAUUUUUCUUUUCUCCUCGUCUCCAACGUCUUUCUUCCCCUCACUAUUUAUUCCUCAUCCUCUCUCCCUUAUCUCUCAGCGUUUCUUGACUUAUUUUUCAUUUUUCCUUUCUCUUCGUCUCCAGCGUCUUUCUUCCCCUCACUAUUUAUUCCUCAUCCUCUCUCCCUUAUCUCUCAGCGUUUCUUGACUUAUUUUUCAUUUUUCUUUUCUCUUCGUCUCCAGCGACUUUCUUCCCCUCACUCUUUAUUCCUCAUUCUCUCUCCCUUUUCUAUCGGCCUCUGUCGACUUGUUUUUCCUUUUUCCUUUCUCUUCGUCUCCAACGUCUUUCUCCCCCUCACUCUUUAUUUCUCAUUCUCUCUCCCUUAUCUCUCAGCGUUUCUCGACUUAUUUUUCCUUUCUCUUCGUCUCCAGCGUCUUUCUUCCCCUCACUAUUUAUUCCUCAUUCUCUCUCCCUUAUCUCUCGGCCUCUGUCGACUUAUUUUUCCUUUUUCCUUUCUCUUCGUCUCCAACGUCUUUCUUCCCCUUACUCUUUAUUCCUCAUUCUCUCUCCCUUAUCUCUCAGCGUCUCUCGACUUAUUUUUCUAUUUUUCCUUUCUCUUCGUCUCCAACGUCUUUCUUCCCCUCAAUCUUUAUUCCUCAUGCUCUCUCCCUUAUCUCUUAGCGUCUCUCGACUUAUUUUUCAUUUUUCCUUCUUCGUCUCCAGCGUCUUUUCUUCCCCUCACUUUUAUUCCUCAUUCUCUCUCCCUUUAUCUCUCGGCCUCUGUCGACUUGUUUUUCCUUUUUCCUUUCUCUUCGUCUCCAGCGUCUUUCUCCCCCUCACUCUUUAUUCCUCAUCCUUUUUCAUUUAUCUCUCAGCCGUCCUUUCUUCCCCCCCUCUUUAUUCCUCAUUCUCUCUCCCUUUUCUCGGCCUCCUGUCGACUUCGACUUUUUUUCAUUUUUCUUUCUCUUCGUCUCCAACGUCUUUUUCUUCCCUCACUCUUUUAUUCCUCAUUCUCUCUCCCCUUAUCUCUCAGUCCGUUAUUCCUUUCUCUCUCCCUUAUCUUUCUUUCAUUAUUUUUCAUUUUUCCCUUAUCUCUCAGUCGUCUCUCAACUUUAUUUUCUCUUUUCUCCUCGUCUCCAACGUCUUUUUCUUUUCCCUUUCACUAUUUAUUCCUCAUCCUCUCUCCCUAUCUCUCAGCGUUUCUUGACUUAUUUUUCAUUUUUCCUUUCUCUUCGUCUCCAGCGUCUUUCUUCCCCUCACUCUUUAUUCCUCAUCCUCUCUCCCUUAUCUCUCAGCGUCUCUCGACUUAUUUUUCAUUUUUCCUUUCUCUUCGUCUCCAGCGUCUUUCUUCCCCUCACUCUUUAUUCCUCAUCCUCUCUCCCUUAUCUCUCAGCGUCUCUCGACUUAUUUUUCAUUUUUCUUUUCUCUUCGUCUCCAGCGUCUUUCUUCCCCUCACUCUUUAUUCCUCAUUCUCUCUCCCUCAUCUCUCAGCGUCUCUCAACUUAUUUUUCCUUUCUCCUUGUCUCCAACGUCUUUCUUCCCCUCACUCUUUAUUCCUUAUUCUCUCUCCCUUAUCUCUCAGCGUCUCUCGAAUUAUUCUUCAUUUUUCCUUUCUCUUCGUCUCCCCUUUCUUUUCUUCCCUCACUCUUUAUUCCUCAUUCUCUCUCCCUUAUCUCUUAGCGUCUCUCGACCUAUUUUUCAUUUUUCUUUUCUCUUCGUCUCCAACGUCUUUCUUCCCCUCACUCUUUAUUCCUCAUUCUCUCUCCCUUAUCUCUCAGCGUCUCUCGCCUUUUUUUUCAUUUUUCCUUUCUCUUCGUCUCCAGCGUCUUUCUUCCUCUCACUCUUUAUUCCUCAUUCUCUCUCCCUUAUCUCUCGGCCUCUGUCGACUUGUCUUUCCUUUUUCCUUUCUCUUCGUCUCCCCCGUCUUUCUUCCCUUCAAUCUUUAUUUCUCAUUCACUCUCCCUUAUCUCUCAGCGUCUCUCGACUUAUUUUUCAUUUUUUUUUCUCUUCGUCUCCAACGUCUUUCUUCCCCUCACUCUUUAUUCCUCAUUCUUCCUCGCUUAUCUCUUUAUAUCUUCCCGUCUCCUUGUCUCGUUUUUGUCUCUUUACCUUUCAACGUCUUUCUGCCCCUACGUCUUCAUUUCUCAUACUUUUCUCCUGUUCCUCUCUCCCCCUCUUUUUCUCUCGUUUCUCUAUUGUCUAGUUUUCUUUUUUUUAAUUUCCCAGAAUUCCAUUGCUACCUAUCGUAG